AAAACAUGACGUAGGAGUGGGACAGUGACAGGGAAAAGGAGGGACUCGGCUUCACCCCCACAUCGGCCUCCACUUCGGCUAUAGCCUGUCCUACCACUACCACUACUAACUACUACCCUACCUUAACCCAUCUCAUCUCAUCUCGUCUCGUCUCGUCUCGUCUCGUCUCGUCUCACAUAACCCGGUCUCUGCUUAUGUAUCCUAGCUUGUCUCGGCUAAACCUUGUCCUGCUCUUACUCUCACCAUCACUGUAUGUAAUCCGCCCUGUUCUGCUUAUCUCACGCAUCCCCAGCCUUACUGUUCCCUCGGCUCGGCUCAGCUCAGCUCAGCCCUGCACUUUGCUCGUGUCGCCUCGCGUGUCGCCUCGGUUGGUGCUCGGUUCGGGUCGGGUCGGGAUAUUUGGGUCCGAGGCGAUGAUGAUGAUGAUGAGGUCAAGAUUGGCGAAGUAUGACUGAGAUAACGAGUAUGAGUAUGAGUAUGACUACGACUGAGACAAAGACAAGGCUAAGAUUAAGGAUAAGUAUGUGUCUGGUUGGACAUGAGCACAGGAAGCACCAGAAAUUGACAAUGGUAAUAUUCAAGAUAAAGAAGAAGAAGAAGAAGAAGAAGAAG